GAAACAUUUAAACUGUGUGUCAAAUAUCUGUUACUUAAAGGAAAACCACAUUCCUCUUGAUGCUAACCUUCGCGAAUUUUUCCAUGUAUGGUAGCAUGAAGCUAAACAGACUGUGAGACAGAGCUGUUGUUUAAAACACGCGACGUGUAGUUUUGUUUGUUUGGCAGUUAAACGUAAACAAGGAGUGCCGUUGACAGCUUUUCGAAGAAGAAGAAAUGUUGGCUAUUUGCCGAAGGGUUGCUUUUUGAGUUCACUCCCGCCAUACAACACUCACAUCUUAAAUUUGAGGCAACAAAUCAUAAAUCGGGUCACUCGUCUCUCAAGGGACCACCUGUAUAAAAUAAAAAUGUGUAAUACGCCACUUUUCGCCAGACCCCAAAUUUCAAGGACCCCCUUAAAAGUCACCAGCAGAGGGCAACAGCAACAACUCCAAAAGGAGAGCGAGCGAGAGAGCGGCACGCAAAGUUUGCAGUUUUCCCUUCUUCGGCUUCUUGUGCAAAUUGUGCUUGCUGUGUAGCCACGGAGGAGCUCACGGGUCAACGCUGAGAGUCCGUCAAUGGGAUCGGUGGCUUUUCUGCCCGGAUGGGAUGCACACUGAGCUUCAUGCGCUGUGAAGAAGACUUCCUACCCAUGCCGGUUGAGCAGCAUGAUGACGACCAGGAGGAGGAAGAGGAAGAGGACAAGAUGAGGAAGAAGAGAAAAGACUGCAGCCUCCUCAAGAGAGAAGAAGAUCGAAGUGGGAAAGGCUCGUACAGUGAAAGAACGCUUUGGAUGUGUCCAAGAAGAAGGGGAAAUACAACUUCAGCUGUGUGUUCCGAGACGACGGCAAUGUCCCUCUUGUUGCCCGAGGAAUUGGAAGCCGUGCAUUCUCACACUUUCCGCGAGAAGACUUUCAAGAAGUCCAAGACCUGCAGCGUUUGCAAACUCAUCAUCGUCCACGACGGACUCGUCUGCAGAGUUUGCCGAAUUCCUUGCCACAAGAAAUGCGAAGCAAAGGUGUCUUCGUCUUGUGUUCCGGUGAGCAACUAUGAGCUGGUAAGUGAAGUUUUGUUUCAAGUCAGCUAUCCUUUGCGCCGAAAUGGGCCCCGGUUUGUCUUUCCCCUUGCACAUUGUCUGCCGUUUGAUCAGCUUCUUCGUGGCUCGACAAGCUCGUGGGUGUUUCAAAUUUCCGAACCAAAAGGAUUGCGAUCGCAACGGUAGGAAGGAACGACGUUUUCAUCACUUUUCAUUGGACAGGCCGUUUCGAAAUACUGACGACCUCAACAGACUCAUCAGAAAGGGCGCACCAACUUGUUGGAGUUGUGGCACUGCAUGAAAAAAAACAAACAAAAAAAAAUCCGAAAAGGGUUCCAUCCGACCGACCUCUUUGGAACGAACAUUGCGUAUUCAGCAGCCUUGAGAUGUUUAUACGGGACGCGUUGGAUUGAUGAGAAGCGCAAAGGCGGCACAGCAUUGGAGACGAAGCGGGCAAACUUUGUCCCUGAAACUUG